AAAUCCAGGAAAAUAAAAAACCCAUCUUUUUUCCGCCCGAAAGAGGCUCCUCCGCGCGCCGGCUAGUUCGACGGCCAUGCAUCCCGCCGCACCUCCGGCCUCGUCCCCUGCCGGAAUCGAAGUGGACGACGACUUCCACUGGGACGAUGCGGCCGAGGCGGAGCUCCAGGCCAUCGAGGCCGCCUACGCCUCCUCCUCCGCCUCAGCCAAGCGCCGCCGCCUCCCCGACUGGACCAUCCCUUCCCCCUCCUCCCGCCCCCGCUAUAGCCACAGCCCGGUUUCCGGCGGAUCAACGCCAUCCUGGGUCCUCUCUCCCCACACUCCCCUAGGGAGUGUGCGGGCAAGCUACCAGCCAAUUUCAUUCAGCGGUAAGAUAGUCUACUGCAGGACACCUUCAGAAGUGGAGAAGGCUGCAAUGGACAUUUUAGGCAAAAUUGAGAGUAUGAAGGCCUCUGGCCAGGUUUCUCUUGGGUUUGAUCUAGAGUGGAGACCCUUUCCAAGAAGAGGAGAACCACCAUGUAAGGUUGCUGUAAUGCAGCUAUGCAUGGAAAAAACUCUGUGUUAUGUCCUGCAUAUCGCUCACUCUGGAGUACCACCUAUACUGAAAUCUCUUUUGGAGGAUAGUUCGUCCAUUAAAGUUGGAAUAUGCAUAAACAAUGACGCAAGGAAAAUGUUGAAUGAUUAUGAUGUCUGUGUACAACCAUUGAUGGAUUUGUCAAACCUGGCAAAUGUCAAGUUAGCUGGGCCUCCUAAAAGAUGGAGUCUUGCUUCUUUAACUGAAAUUAUCACAUGCAAAGAGUUGCCAAAGCCGAGCAACAUAAGAAUGGGAAACUGGGAGGCUUAUGUUCUCUCCAAACAUCAACUUCAGUAUGCUGCUACAGAUGCUUACAUCUCGUGGUACCUGUAUGAGGUACUUCAGGGUCUUCCAGAUUACAAUGCUGAAGCUGAAAUUGAGUCUGUUAAGGCAACUUAGCAACACACAUUUAACUGGGAAAUGUGGUGUUAAUCUGUUUGACGAUUCCUGGUGUUUUGUAUUUUCACAUCUCAAUCAGCAUUGGGCCGGAAGAUUUUUCGUCGAAACAAAAGGAUGGCGAAUUCAGUGUGUUGUAACACCAGCAGUGUCUGGUUCUUGUGAUUUAUGCCUGUGAUGGUUAGCUCCUUCACUAUGACUUACCAGAAACAGGAAUUGGACCGUAAUUUACUUUGUGUUGUAGAAAUAUCGGUACAAAAACCUUUUUAAUCUCUACUUCAUGCCAAGACACGCAAUUCUCUUGCGUAUUCUAGAAAGAGAAACUGUGAUUUGUAAAUUGAAUGUGCACUCUUUUUGCUGA